AAAUCCCGCUCUGUCCUACAAGAGACUUUCAGCGGCUGCCGCUUCUUCUCCAGAUCGCGCCAAAUGGCCAAUCUACUCUCCUCCCUUACCACAUUCGAGGAACCCUACCCGGAAAGGUCUGAAAAGCCGCCAUCCGUCAACAAAAUUGCCUACUUUCACAAUGAGGCCCGCGCCGCCUUGCGGGGGGGGCGUCUUCCUGAAGACUGGAAAAACGAUCUCUACCGCUGCGCCAUCCGCGGCAUACGACACCACGAGGCGUUUGCCAGGUCUGCAGAGGUUGUGAAGCUCUGCAAGAAGCAGCCCGAGAGCUACUUUGCGCGGGCACGUAACGCCCGGCUCAUUAUGAGCAACCAGAUUCCUAGGAUGAAGACGGACGGCGCCAAGCCCUACUGUUUCUGGCACCCUGAUACGCCCAGCGAAAAGACGCUCCGGCGCCUAGCAAAGGAGUAUCCCGACAUGGCAUAUCUCGUGGGCCGCGCGUGCGCCGUGGCAGGAUACGACGAGCUGUAUCACGAGCUUGGCCUCCUUCCCGAGGUCUCGAUCGCCGAAGAGGCCAGAGAACAAAGCGCGAUUUCGAACAACCCGGGAUGCAAGGCCAUCUUCGAGCACAUUAUGAAGCAGCCGGUCUGCUACGCCGUCUUGGACGACUAUACUAGGACCGUUAACCACGAAAACCCACAGUGUCCGGCGUUUAUGAACGGCGACACGGCCGUCUUAUCAACACUGGAUGUGACGGUCGGCCCGGAGGACUACUGGACUACAUGGCCCGGCGAUUAUUUUAAUUUAGAUAACGAGGCGUUUCCUUUCGAUAUUACCGAGACCGCCCACGUUGGCGAGGUCACGACGGACGCAUCGUAUACUGCCGCGCAGCAGGGAACGAUGCCGCCGGAACACGUCGAGCUAUUUUACACGCCUCUACCGCUACACCUGCCGACUAUAGUUAAGGACCCGCUAAUUAUCAUGGCCGCGUACGAAGGCAACCUGGACCGCUACCUGCGCCUGCGCCGGCCGGAGAUGAUUAUGGGCGAGUACGGCGCCGUUUUGCGCGGUAUUUACCACAAUACCACUUUUGCCAAGUGGUGGUCGGUGCAGCCACGGGACGGGCACAGCUAUAGCCAUACCAAUUCGGAGAAUAUUCGGGCGGCUACGCUCGCGCGCUUUAUUAUGGUCAACGACCUGUCCAAUAUGACGGCCACCGAUCCCGAUCCCGAAGAGAACUGCCACGAGAUGCCAGGCAUGAUUUGGUGGCCGCUCAUCCCCGCCGAGCGCACGUUGGAGGCCCUCGCCAAGCUCCGGCCGGACAUGCACCUCCAGGUGGCCAUGGCGUGUAUUGCUGGUAAUUAUACGGAGCUGUGGGAUAAGCUGGCGCCGGAGCCGUCCAUACAGCUGUGGGACAUGGCUUCUUGGGAGCGUGACGACAGCGUCCGGAACCACUUUGUCGAUUAUCUCAGGAAUCGUGCUUCCGAGCUCGGACUAGAGGUCCCUGGCGAUCUGCCGGAGGUCUGCGACUAUCCUGCUCACGACUGGUGCUGGGAUGCGGCGAGAAUUCGCAAAGAGCCCGACGACCGACAUGGACCCGACCCCUCGGGGUGGUUGCCGAGGGAAAUCACGAUGCACCAGACGGACGACCGUCCAGAGAUUGAGAAUAUCUACGGGGCAUGGCAACAGGCUAACGUGGCUGGGUGGGAACUCCACAUUGCUUCGACGGAGGAGAUGAGGGCUAAGAUACCGGACGGUGAGAUUAGCAUGUGGGUUAGUGAUGAGAUUGAUGGACAGGCGCGGCCGCCAACCAGGGACACGACGGAUACGGAUUCCCUAGAGGGGUCUUCGCAAGAAGCGGAUGACGACGACGACGACGUAGAAACAAGCAGUUAGGAUAACGAUGGGAACACAACGGACUGAUUAGCAG